AGGGUCACAUUUGGACCUGGGUUUGAUAUCCAGGGGCUUGUUACUGGCUUCGAAUCACGUCAAGUGCUUCUGAAGGGUAUUCCUUACGGUGUGACUCCUGCCGAGAUCACGAAUGCUUUAUCUCAUCUCGGAGAAGUCGUCACCGUCCGCUUGCCGGAUGUCCACAAAACGCAGGGGAAGCACCGGGAUGGACUCGCUGUCCGCGUGACCUUUGCAACGUACGAAGAAGCCGCCGAGGCUGCGUCAUCCCUAGAUGGCAGUCAGCUAUUUGAUUCACCUAUCUCCGCUCGAUUAUUGUCAUUCGAGACAGCCUCUGUGGGCAAGGGAUCUCUUGAAGACGCUGCUGUAUUCCUUGAGUUUCCAGCCGCCUCUAGGAGAGGCUAUGCUGGUUAUGAAACGGAAGAGCUUGCAGCACAAGCACUGGCCAAAGCGAACGGCACCGAGCUUCGAGGUUCGUGGAUAACCGCCGAAUACUUUCAGGGUCUCCCCAAUAUUGGUGCUUUCAAUUUGCGCUUCCAUGGACUCCCCCCGGACGCACAAGCCAAAGAUAUCGAUCUUUACGGCGCAAAUGACGGCGUCAUGAUGGACCUCCCUAACUAUCAGUCGCAGAAGGGAGCUAUCAAUCGCUUGCGGGAAACGUUGUCAGAGCUCGGAGAACUGGAGUCGUUCAAUGUCCUUCCACCGCCGUACAAACGUGGCGUUGUUCGAGCAUGGGCACAUUUCACUUCCACCACGACUGCAGACAUCGUAUGCGCAGCUCUGCAUAACAGGAAGAAGCGGUUCUGCGGCUUCGGCAAAUUAUACGCGAGGCACGUCCGCACUCUAACUUACAACCUGCCUCGGCAUGUGUUUGGGGCGCUAUCCAGUGACCUGCGCUUCCUCAGCGCAUAUGUCUGGGACAACGAGAACGGCUCCAGUAUCACCGUGUUAGACCGACGUCGCGGUACGGGACCGUCGCCCCCAGUCAAGGUCAAACUCGGAUCAACAAACAUGCAAGCGUUAACUCGAAUGAAAGUGGCCUUCGAGAAACUCCUACGCGGCGACAUCAUUACUCAAAACGGUGAGAUCUUAUGGGAUGGCUUCUUCGCCAGACGAGGAGGUAUCCUCUACCUCGAGGAUCUCGAGAAGAGGCACCCAGGUAUAAUAAUACAUCGAGACCCCAGACGACGGAGGCUUGCCCUUUUCGGUCCUGCCGUUAAACGCGGUAUCGUUCGUUCUACCAUCCUUGCCAGAGUGGCAUCUCUCCGGGCACAGAAGACCCACGUCCUGCCUCUCCAAGGACGAAUGAUUGGCCUUUUCAUGAGCGCGGAUUUGGCCAGACUUCAGAGCGAGUUGGGUGCCGAAAAUGUAAAGCUGGAUCUCUGGGCACGCGUACUUACGGUACGCGGAGACGAUGAGGCAUACAAGGUGGCACAGCAAGCAAUCAAACGUGCGCGAGACCGCCACACCGGUGAGAGGCAGCAUCACGAGGUAGAAUGUCCUGUAUGCUUUGAUGAAGUGACAUCACCUGUGUCGCUUGCAUGCGGGCAUACGUGGUGCAAGACUUGUCUUGCUAACUAUCUCAUGGCCUCUGUCGACAACAAGGUCUUCCCACUGACUUGCCUGGGAAACGAAGCUAGAUGCCCUCAUGCUAUACCACUUAAUGUCGCUCAGGAGGUUCUCUCUCCGAAUGAUUUCAGCUCGGUCAUUCAUGCGGCGUUUCUGGCAUAUGUCAAUUCGCGGCCCAACGAAUUUCAUUAUUGCCCCACCCCUGAUUGCCCACAGGUAUACCGGAAAGGAUCGAGAAACACGGUGCUACAAUGCCCCUCAUGUCUAACUCGAAUCUGCCCCCAUUGCCACGUCGAGUAUCACGAAGGCUCCCGCUGUCAAGACAAGGAAGACGCCGAAGAUGAAAGACUAUUUGAGGAGUGGAAGAAGAACCACGACGUGAAAGAGUGCCCUUCUUGUAGGGUACCGAUCGAAAAACUCGCGGGGUGCAAUCAUAUGACCUGCGCACAUUGUCGGACGCAUAUUUGCUGG